UAACGGGUAUGUUUUGGCUGUCUAACUGUACAGCUGUAGUUCGAUUGUGCUGUUGACAGUUUGGUCGAGUCUGGUCUGCAGGGAAAGGCAGUGGUGGCCGGUGCACGGAAACUGGAAGCAGGUUUUAUGUUACAAAACACAAAUCACCUGGUUUUAAACACAAAACAAACCACUAGCAUGCCAGCGGGGACGCCGCUCUGAACAGGACCAAUGACAUGGCUACAGGUGAAAAGCCCUCCUCCUCCACGUUGGACCUGAGUGGGGAGCCCCUGCAGUCCCCCAGCAGCCCCCCCCAACUCACCCACUUCAAACCCCUCACACCCGAGCAGGAGGAGCCCCCCCUCAAGUCCGCCUACAGCUCCUUCGUCAGCCUCUUCCGCUUCAGCAGAGAUGAGGCCAGACCUGCCGCCACUCCAGAGAAAAACAAAGUUGAUCCAGGGUGUCACCAGGGGGCGAGAGAGUCCUGUUCUAGUAUAAAUCAUGCAAGCAGGGCCCAGUCUGUAAGGACGUCAACGCAGAACAAACAGCAUUCCACAGACAGCCAGAGACGAAGCUCCACAGUGUCAGAGGGCCGCAGGAAGGCGGAGCCGCCCCUGGGUGGUCAUGACCCCCGCACAGCGGUGCAGCUGCGCAGCCUCAGCACGGUGCUGAAGCGGCUGAAGGAGAUCAUGGAGGGGAAGAGCCAGGACAGUGACCUGAAGCAGUACUGGAUGCCGGACAGCCAGUGUAAAGAGUGCUACGACUGCAAUGAGAAAUUCACCACGUUCAGGCGGAGGCACCACUGUCGGCUCUGCGGACAAAUCUUCUGUAGCCGCUGCUGUAACCAGGAGAUCCCUGGGAAAUUCAUGGGAUAUACAGGGGAUCUCCGGGCCUGCACCUACUGUCGUAAGAUAGCGCUGAGCUACGCGCACUCCGCUGACAGCAGCUCCAUCGGGGAGGACCUGAGCGCUCUGUCUGACGCCACCUGCGCCGUGUCCGCGCUGGAACCCAGCGAGCCACGCACCCCCGUCGGGGGCAGGAAGGCCAGUCGCAAUAUUUUCCUGGAGGAGGAUCUGGCCUGGCAGAGUUUAAUUCUCCAGGACUCCCAGCCCAACAGCCUGGCGACUCGGCUGGCCAGCAUGCAGGAGGAUGUGGGGAGGUCUCCAGCGCGGAAGAGGUCUGCCAGCAUUACUAACCUGUCCCUGGACCGCUCGGGCACCUCCAUGCUCCCCUACGAGAGCUCCAUCAGCCCCCAGACCAGCCGCGCUUACAUCAAGGGAGACGCCAACGAGGAGGAGAGGAAGAUCCUGCUGGAUUCUGUGCAGCUGAAGGACCUGUGGAAGAAGAUUUGCCACCACAGCACCGGCAUGGAGUUCCAGGACCACCGCUAUUGGCUGCGCACCUACCCCAACUGCAUUGUGGGCAAGGAGCUGGUGAACUGGCUCUUGAGGAACGGGCACAUCUCAACAAGAGCCCAGGCUAUAGCGAUUGGUCAGGCGCUGGCAGAUGGACGAUGGCUGGACUGUGUCACUCAUCAUGAUCAGCUGUUUAGGGAUGAAUAUGUCCUUUACCGCCCCCUGCAGAGCACAGAGUUUUCCGAGACUCCAUCUCCAGACAGCGAUUCAGUGAACUCCCUGGAGGGCCACUCGGAGCCCUCCUGGUUUAAAGACAUCAAGUUUGAUGACAGCGACACGGAGCAGAUUGCAGACGAGGGAGAAGACAACAUGCCAAACUCUGCCAGUCCUAGCAAGCGGACCUCAGUUAGCAGUUUCCAGUCUGCAGUGGACAGUGACUCUGCUGCGUCUAUAAGUCUGAAUGUGGAGAUGGACAAUGUUAACUUCCACAUCAAGAAGCAGUCCAAGUACCCUCACGUGCCCCCCUACCUCGCUGAGCAGAAAGAGUUCCUGGUUUCGGAGGACGGAGGACAGCACAUGAUCUCCAUCAGUGACGCUUUCAUCAGAGAGUCCCUGUUUAACCGCCAGGUGGAGGAGAAGACCAAGGAGCUGCUCUUCACUCCCCUGGGCUGGCACCACAGCUCCCUGGAGCAGCUGAGAGAGGAGAAUGGAGAGAAGCAAGCCAUGGAGAGGCUGCUCUCUGCCAACCACAGCCACAUGAUGGCGCUGCUGCAGCAGCUGCUGUACAGCGAGUCCCUGUCCCUGUCCUGGAGGGACAUCAUCGUCCCGGUGGUGAGACAGGUGGUCCAGACGGUGCGUCCCGACGUCAGGAAUAAUGAUGACGACAUGGACAUCCGCCAGUGUGUCCACAUCAAGAAGAUUCCUGGAGGGAAGAAAUUUGACUCUGCAGUUGUAAAUGGUUUUGUUUGCACCAAAAACAUAGCCCAUAAGAAGAUGAAUUCCUAUAUUAAAACCCCGAAGAUUCUGCUGCUGAAGUGCUCCAUUGAGUAUCUUUACCGUGAGGAGACCAAGUUCACCUGCAUCGACCCCAUAGUGCUGCAGGAACGGGAGUUCUUGAAGAACUACGUGCAGAGAAUCGUGGACGUUCGUCCUAAUUUGGUUUUGGUGGAGAAGACGGUGUCGAGGAUAGCCCAGGACAUGCUGCUGGAGCACGGAAUCACCUUGGUCAUCAACGUGAAGCCUCAAGUCUUGGACCGGGUGAGCCGCAUGACUCAAGGCGACUUAGUGAUGUCCAUGGAUCAGCUUCUGACCAAGCCUCGCUUGGGAACCUGCCACAAGUUCUAUAUGCACUCAUUCCAGCUGGCCAGUGAUCAAUCAAAGACCCUGAUGUUCUUUGAGGGAUGUCCUCUGCACUUAGGAUGCACCAUCAAACUGAGGGGGGCCUCGGAGUACGAACUAGCCAGGGUGAAGGAUAUCAUCAUCUUCAUGAUCUGCGUGGCCUAUCACUCCCAGCUGGAGAUCUCCUUCCUCAUGGACGAGUUCGCCAUGCCCCCCAGCCUGGCCAAGAAUGGCUCGUUCCAUUCCCUCAUCGAGGGCGGGCCGGCCGAGGCAGGCAAACUGGACCUCUUCCAGGGGGCUGAUGUCACCACUGUCCUCAAAGAGCUGGACUUCGCAUCAGAAAAGCUGCCCGCAAUUUCAGAGUCGGUGUCCAGGGAGGUGGUGGAGCAGCUCGUAGAGAACGGACUACUUGUUGAGGGGGUUCCCCCUGGUGAUGAGAAGGAUCCCGCCGGUGAUGAGAAGGUCCCUGAGAAAUUAGAUGAAGCAAAGAUAGACAAUCCCGAAAUGGGGCCCCCGCACAGACCAACCCUGUCUUCCUCCUCCUACUCCUCCCUGCCGCCAGCGGUAGUGUUGCCCCCAUUUCUGAUGGAUGAUGCUGAAGACAGCAUCAGUCAGGACGGCAGGUUGAGCGAAGCAAGCACCCUUUAUGAAAGACAGUGUGACGGGUCCGCGGGACUGCAGGCAGCUCCGAGGCUGUUCAGGGACCCCCUUCAGGACGACACAGGGAUGUACAUCACAGAGCUGGUGACCUCCUCCGAGGACAGGCUGAAGUCUCACUCGGUGGCCUUCAAGCAAGAGCUGAAGGAUGUCAUCCUCUGCAUCUCGCCCUUCAUCUCGUUCAAGGAGCCCUUCCUCCUGACGCAGAAAGGGAUGAGGUGCCCCAGCCGAGACUACUUCCACGAGCAGGUCUACCUCUCGCCUCUCAUCAGCAAGGAGUUCAAGGAGCAGGACAGCAGGAGGAAACGGCAGCUUCUGAAGGAUGCUCCAGCUUCUCAGCCCUCAAACGGGAGCGUGCCUGGCAGGUCUACCCAGGUCCUCCCCUCCCACGAGCUCACCAACACCCGGAUCGCAGAUCACCUCGGCAGCAGCCAGGACCUGUCCAGGAUGCUGGCGGACUUCAGGGCUCGGGGCGGGAGGAUCAGACAGAAGGACGCUGACCCCUUUGUACAGAGCAAAGAGGCCUCUGGGAAGACUGGGACCAAGAGUGAGAGUGAUGACGAUCGGGGCCAUGUGCAGAAUGAGAUGGCCUGGGGGUCCAAGAUUGACUGUCUGAACCCUGCAAACCACCAGCGGCUUUGUGUUCUCUUCAGCAGCUCCUCGGCUCAGUCGAGCAACGCACCUAAUCCCUGUGUCAGCCCUUGGAUCGUUACAAUGGAGUUCUAUGGGAAGAACGAUCUUACACUUGGAAUAUUUCUGGAACGCUAUUGCUUCAGCAGGCCCUCGUACCAGUGCCCCAGCAUGCUCUGCGAGACUCCCAUGGUGCAUCACAUCCGGCGUUUUGUCCACGGGAGCGGCUGCGUGCAGAUCGUGCUCAAGGAGCUGGACUCGCCCGUGCCAGGAUACCAGCACACCAUCCUCACCUACUCCUGGUGCAGGAUCUGCAAACAGGUCACUCCGGUGGUCCCCCUCUCCAAUGAUUCAUGGUCCAUGUCCUUUGCAAAGUACCUGGAGCUGCGUUUUUACGGGCACCAGUACACUCGCAGAGCCAACGUCGAGCCCUGCGGGCACUCCGUCCACAACGAUUACCACCAGUACUUCUCCUAUAACCAGAUGGUGGCGUCCUUCAGUUACACUCCUGUCCGGCUGCUUGAAGUCUGCCUCCCCCCACCCAAAAUUUACAUUAAGCAGCAGACCCCUUCGAAAGGCAGCCUCUUUCAGGACCUUAAAGACUUUUCCCAAAAAGUAUCCCAGGUGUACCUGGCUAUAGACGACCGGCUCACCUCGCUCAAGACAGACACUUUCAGCAAAACCAGGGAGGAGAAGAUGGAAGACUUGUUUGCACAGAAAGAGAUGGAGGAGGUGGAAAUCCAGAACUGGAUUGAGAAGCUGCAGGCCAGGCUGCUGUCCUUUCUGGACACCCCCCAGCAGCUGCAGGCAGCGCUCGAGUCCAUCAUCGUGAAGAAGCAGAGCCUGUGCGAGAUGCUGCAGUCCUGGAACAACAGGCUGCAGGAUCUUUUCCAGCAAGAGAAGGGAAGAAAGCGUCCAUCUGUCCCUCCGAGCCCCGGGAGACACAGGCAGGCCGAGGAAAGCAAGACCAGUGUACUUGAUUCCUCUCCACGCAAUGCCUCUCCUGUCGUGCAGAAUGGGGAUAAAGAGGAUCGGUACCUCAGCAACAUGCCCUCGAGCUCCACCCUGCUCCAGCUGCCUUCUCCACCAGAGGGAGCCGUGGAGCAGCUCUCUUCUGGGCCGUCCUUCCCCAACACAUCGUCCACGAGUGACCAGGACUCGAGCAGCAUAACUGAAGAUGUUUUUGAUGGGCAUUUACUGGGUUCGACAGACGGUCAAGUCAAGGAGAAAUCCACCAUGAAAGCUAUUUUUGCAAACCUGCUUCCCGGUAACAGCUACAACCCCAUCCCAUUCCCAUUCGAGCCGGACAAGCACUAUCUGAUGUACGAACACGAGCGGGUUCCCAUUGCAGUGUGUGAGAAAGAGCCCAGCUCCAUCAUUGCCUUUGCACUCAGCUGCAAGGAGUACAAGACUGCCUUGGAGGAGCUGUCUGUGAAGGGCACCGGAGAGGAAGGACCUCCUCCACUUCACAGCACCACGGAAAGCAGAGCUAAAACCAGCAGCCCUGCCAGGCAGGUUGAGAUUGUAACAGCCCAGCUCAAUCGCAGCACGGACUCCGACAUACCAACCAGAAAGACUUCAGGAGUGCUGUCUUUUUUCCGUGGUGCAGGGGGCAGCAGCCCUGACCUGUGCCCUGUGAGAAGGGAGCCUGUGCAGUCAGCAGACACUGCUUAUUAUCAGAUGGGACAGUCGGGGAAGGAGGGGGCAGACAAUCAUGGGAGUGAGCCCCCAGAAGAGGCAGAUGGGGGUGACAAACAUAAGAAACAGCUGGGCAAUCCCCACAUCGAGCUCCAGUUUUCAGAUGCCAAUGCUAAGUUCUACUGCCGGAUCUACUAUGCAGAGGAAUUCCACAAAAUGCGGGAGGAGAUCAUGGAAAGCAGAGCGGACGAUUUUAUCCGCUCCCUGGCCCACUGUGUCAACUGGCAGGCUCGCGGAGGCAAAUCUGGUGCUGUCUUCUAUGCCACUGAGGAUGAUCGGUUUAUCCUGAAGCAGAUGCCUCGGCUGGAAGUUCAGUCUUUCCUAGACUUUGCUCCGCAUUAUUUCACCUACAUUACAGGAGCCGUGCAGCAGAAGAGACCCACAGCUCUGGCUAAGAUUCUUGGCGUCUAUCGGAUCGGCUAUAAAAAUUCUCAGAACAACACAGAAAAGAAGUUGGAUCUGCUGGUCAUGGAGAAUCUUUUCUAUGGUCGUAAAAUGGCUCAGGUGUUUGACCUGAAGGGGUCCCUGCGGAACCGCAACGUGAAGACGGACACUGGGAAGGAGAGCUGUGAAGUGGUGCUGCUGGAUGAGAACCUGCUGAAGCUGAUGCGGGACAGCCCACUCUACAUCCGCUCCCACUGCAAGUCUGUGCUCCGCGCCUCCAUUCACAGCGACGCCUACUUCCUCUCCAGCCACUUGAUCAUCGACUACUCCCUGCUGGUGGGGCGGGACGACUCCACGGACGAGCUGGUCGUGGGUAUCAUCGAUUAUAUCCGGACGUUUACGUGGGACAAGAAGCUUGAAAUGGUUGUAAAGUCCACAGGAAUCCUGGGUGGACAAGGUAAAAUGCCAACUGUAGUGUCCCCAGAGCUGUACAGGACUCGGUUCUGUGAAGCAAUGGAUAAGUACUUCCUAAUGGUACCGGAUCAUUGGACUGGAUUGGGCGUGAACUGUUGAUAUAGGAACAGGAUUUUUUUUUUUUUUUUUUUUUUAUAUAUAUAAACAAACUUACAGAAUUCCUUUUAUUUAUUUGCAAAAAAGAGAUGUUCUUUGCAUUUCAGAAACCAAGUAGAAAAAAAAUAAAACAAAUAAAUGGAACUGUCUUUAAAAGCAUGCGCUGUAAGUGGAUUCCAUAUUGUAGAGGUGGAAGACAUUAUGAAUUGGAAGAAACAGCUGUGAGAAGUCUGCGGUGUAAUUCAUACUUUCUUUAUCAUUAUCAAGCCUGUAAUUGGCGUGCUGGUCUGGGCUGAAGAGGACUGAAGAGAGCUGUUAAUUUAUUCUCUUCUCAACGUGGCUUUGGCUGAAUGAAGCUCAUGAAAAUGAGGCUUGGCAUCGUAUGGACCAGCCUUGUCUGGAGCUCACAGUCGUGGCAUCUGAAUCAUGUAGUUGCUUUUGGAUACAGAUGUACACAGAUUUUACAGUGAGAGGGUGUACUUUCUUUCUUAUCUUAUCAUAAGCAAUCAAUGCCUCUCUACGUUAGGGAAUGUUACCUACUAUACCAUACGGUCUAUAGCACUGCCGGUUAUCCAGUACCCAGUACAUUAUAAAAGACACAUGGCUUUUUAACUGUGGAGAGGUAACCUCAGAAAUAUUUUUGCCCGUCUACAAAAAGAUACAACAGCAGCAACCCGAGUCUUCAGUCUCACCAUGUGUUUAGUGCAGGUGAAUAGUGGUUUGAGCUAGCAAUGAGAUGUGCAGUGUUGGUAACAGGAGUACUGUCCAGGAAUAACUCCAGGUCUCUGACAGUGACUGUUCAGAAAAUGUUUAUUUGUGGUCUGAACUGCCUAGAGUAAAGUAUAAAUAUGGUCAGAUAUUUGAUACAACAAUACUCUUUUAACUAGAACAAUACUUUUCUGUUUUCAGUGUCUUCUGUAAUGCAGAUCCUAUAUCCACUGGCCAGUUGUAAACCGGUAAAGCUUAGAUUGUGUAGAUCAUGAUUUUGGGCUGACUGAGAAAUGACUCUUUCAGAGGGCUUCUGUUCAUUAACUGCUGUGGUUAAACAGGAAUACCUGUCUGUUUUAAAUAGAGCUGGCACACGGCCAUUGCUUCCUACAUUGAUGAGUUUAGAUGUUUUAUAAACUGUUUGAAACAGCCUUUCAAGUGGCUAUGAUCUAGACCCUUGUUCAGAACUGGAGGGGGCUGGAAACUGCCUUUCCCUCGCCAUUAACUGAUGUCAGAAGCAUGUUAGGCUUUAAUAAGCAUCAUGCAUUUACAUAUCUUCCUCUUUGUUUACCCAUUUUAAAACGUGCUUUUAUAAGAAAUGUGUAUGGAGUCAAGUAGCCUAAUGUAUUUGGAGAGCUCUCAGUGGAAUCAAUGAGCACUUGCAGAGAAGGUUGCAAAUAGCACUAGCUAGUCUUAUUAUUUACAGUAGUAAGUGUAAUAGAAUAUUAAGUUUCCAUGUCUUCUACAUUCACAAACUCAUUUUGACCUUGUGCUGAAGUUAUCUUGAAUUGAAGCCGUCUGUGUGCAGGUAGUUGAGCAGUGCCACUUUUUUGAAACUGAAAAAACAUUCCUUUUGAAGUCAGGCUGUGGUUGUAAUAGGAAUGAAUCAGGUUCAUGAUCGAAUGCAAUCCUGUUUUAAGCCACAACAUUACUAUUACAGUAACUUAACCUAACACAGGUAAGUCUAUGUGAAGGGGAAGACAGAGUUGUUCUUGGUGGUGCUAAACAAUGACAGCGGUCUUAAUAACUACAUUGACCCGUAAAGAUCAUAAAACACCUGGAACUGGUUCAUAUAAACUUUCUUUCUUAAGAUAACAGUUCAGAUUUUUGCCUGCACUGAUUUAUAUUCAAAGCUUGUGUUUUAUAGAUGACUUUGUGGAGAGUGGUAUACAGUUUGGAGACUAUAUAUGCAAAUCAUUAUUUUUCUUUUUAAAAUCUGGAUCGAUCAAAUACUAAGAUAUAACACCUAGGGAUAUUCUAAUUGUCGAACACUGAGGAGCACUAAUGUAUAAUAAUGUACAUAAUAGUCAAGUUGGAUGAUGAUGUUAUAGACAUGUUGUUAUAUUUACCUCCUCGUCUCCAAGAUGUAGUGUUUUAAAAAGAGAAUCUAAUAAAAUAUUAACCACA